AUGGACGACAGCAGCGACAUUGUACUUGGAACCAGCGGGAUCCACAGCAUCGCCGAGUCUCUGCGGCGCGAGUCCAGGAGCCUGUAUAACCGGCUGAUGUCGAUCGCCGACGACGCCCGAUUCGUCAAGGAGACAGCGGCCCUGUUCCCGGGUCUGCCGGUGGUGGCCAACGAGCGGUGCGGCACAUGGUACGUGGACCCGCAGAUAGCAUCAGCUGUCUCGGUGUACUUCAAGUCGACCGACGGGCACAACGGCAAUUGGAAGUUCAGCCUGCGGCGGGCCAACACGCAGCUUCUGGAAGCGCUCGGCACUCACCGCGGCUGCCUGGUUGUGGACUCGACUCGGCGCGGCAAGAGCAUGCCAGAUGCAUUCUCCAAGACUAUCCCGAUAUGGUGCGCCGUGUGGACCCGGGCAAUCGCUCGGCAGCGAGGGAUGCCCACCUGGGACACAAAGCUGUAUACCCCUCCACAGGUUGUUUCGCGCUCGGAACACUCCCAGAUCGAGCAGCUAAUAGACACCUUUGUCGCGGCGUUGCUCGGGUCCGGAAUCGACAUAGCCCGACACACCCACGCCAUCGACAGGCCAUUGCGCGCGAUCUGGGUGACCCGCGACCAAGCACUGCAUAUGCCACCCGACCUCAGCGACGCCCCAUUCACACCAGUAGUAUGUGUGAGCGCCUCCAGCAUUGUCAGGCAGCGGACAUGGGCGCAGGGGCUGACGCCGCGGCUAUUCUGGAAGCACAAAGCCCGUCUGCUUGCCCACAGCAACAUGUGCGAGGAUGUAGCGAAGGAGGUGGUUGCGAAGGAGCGCGAGCGGGGCACAUCCGGCCAUGACGGCACAGAUACUGAGGGUGGAGCACGGUCCAGCGUGGUGGGGAAGACGUGUGUUUCGGUGGGCGACCGGGUGAGUGGGCGGCCGCCCGAGUGCUGGCAGCAGUUUGACGCUAUAAUCAACUGCGGGUCGCCCGAGUACGAGCAGAACCGGGACCCGGCUCUGGAGCAGCGGUAUCUGUUUCUGGACAUCCCCGAAGGCAAGAAGGGCCAGGUCGCGCUGGAGAAGUCCAUUCCCGCUGCGCUCGAGUUUGUCAGGCCCUUUGUUGAGGCGCGCCAGCGCGUGCUGAUCCACUGCAGCCAGGGCAUGGACAGAUCCGUCGGCAUUACGCUGGCAGUGCUGGCAAAGUACUUUGACGAGGGCGGGCAGUUCCACGAGAAUCCGCCAAAGCAGAUCACCAAGGACUCGAUUCGCAGCCGUCUGCUGUGGAUUACGACGUCCCGGACCAAGGCGAACCCGUCCCGCGUAACGCUGAAGCGCGUCAACCGGCACUUUUUAGACUUCUUCUGA